UAAGUUUGACAUCAUAACAGAUAAAAUAGAUAUCAUUAGCUCAUUAUAUGAAGCGAACAUACUAGAUUAUAUGGUUGACCUUUCUUUCUAUAGAAUGGACGUCUUACCAACAAGAUUUUUAACCUUUGAAGUCAAAGCAUGCUUUGGUGCUAAAUUUUACGCAUCGAGUUCUGACACCAAGGAUUCAACAAAACCUCUUUAUGAAAUAGCUAUAGGUUCACAUCAUAAUGAAAGGACAAUAGUCAGACGCAGGAACGAUGCAUCUCUACAAGCGAGUUCCCGUAUUACUGAACAAAGCGAUACACAGAACGUUCUGAGUUGUAAUGAAAACAGGCCAUUCUGGAUAAGUUGGGAGGCAGGAAGUAUAAUGGUCGGGUCUGGAAAUAGAGUCGGUGAAAAUGUUUUAGUAAGCUUGACUGAUCCAGAUCCUUUCACUGUUAAAGUUUUAGGAAUCAUGACAGGCUCAAAAGUAAUUGGAGAGUGGAAGGUUUAUAUCCCAGUCAAAGACAACUUCACCGGAUAUUAUACCAGCUGUGAAGCACCUGGUAAAAGAGCUGUACUUCUUAGUCUUGGUGUUGUCUCCUCAAGCGUACUGAAAUGUGCUACGAUGUGCUCACAACUCAACAGUUGUGCAGUUUUCAAUUACCAGAACCAAUAUAAAAGAUGUGAACUCCUGUCUGUUGGAACAGACCCUUUGACUGAUGUUCCAAAGUCCGUUGCAGUCGGAUGGCAAUACUACGCCAAAUGUUACGAUGAGAAUGAAGCAUGUUUUGGAUGUUUCUUCUAACUUUACCACGUUUCUCAAUAGGAAGACAGAAACAUUAGUUUUGUUUUCAAGCAUAGUACAUUUUAAAAUACUUGCAUGAUAUAUCACCAUUAAAGAUUACUUAUUCUUAUUAUUGUUUUAAGAAAAGGGGUGAAAAACAGACGUGUUUUAUAAUAAUUUUUUUAAUAGCUUUUACCCUGUUAUGUUCUGUAUGAAUAAUUCUGUGUAAAUUGCUUAUUCAAAUACUGGCCAGGUAAUUAACAUGAUUAACGUGAGGGUACCUCAAUUGCACCUAUUUUGAAAUUUUUUCACCAAAGUUGUUUUAUGGUCCAGACAAAAGUUUCCAUUCUGUGUUUAAUUUCGGUGCUUUGCUUUUGCGCCAAUUGGCAUUUCAUUUGCGCCAAAAAAUCUUUCUUUUGCGCCACAAACCAUAUUUCAUUUGCGCCAUUUUACAGGUAAAUACAAGAAAUUAUAGGUAAGCAAAAAAAUCAACUAAAUCUAUUGAAAUCAAUAAAAAAAGAUAUGUGAUAUUAUUGCCAAAAAUGAAACAACCUCUCCACAAGAGACAAAAUGACUUAUACUUUAACAACUAUAGGUCAUCGUAUGGCCUUCAAUAAUAAGCAAAGUUCAUACUGUAUCACAGAUAUGAAAGACCCCGUAAUGACAAAUGUAAAACAACUAAUUUACUUUUUAGUACACCUAAACGACUUAUUUCAAUUUUUCAGGAGACAUGAUAACCCAUAUGUGUGGUCAUCCUUUAUUACAGAUUUAUUUCCUUUAUUUGUCUCUGACUUGACAAUGUCUAUCUUUUCAUCUCAAACUAUAUAUUAAUUCCUUACCUUAGUGCCCCUUAAUUUUGUUUUUGAAAUGAGUAUGAACUCUUACGAUUAUAUAGGGGGAAUACUGAAGAAACAAAUCUUAUUAGCGACAGAGCAUUACCUGUAAAAUGGCGCAAAUGAAGUAUAACCUUGUGGCGCAAAUGAAAGAUUUGAUUUUUUAAAAAUUGGCGCAAAUGCAAUACGCCCUUUAAUUUGUAUAUGUAUCCUUCUUUACUAUAAAGUUACACCAAUUUAAUUUAUUCCUUAAUUUAUGUCGUAACUAUCCCGGUCCCAUUUCACGCAUGUGACCUACCGAAUUAGACUAUUUACCGGGUUUGUAAUAACGUGAGCAACACGAACUUGACGAAGGGUGCCAUAAUUAUGUGGGAAAAGAUUUGCUUUCUCUUCCGGAGCACCUCAGAUCGGGUUUGUGUAGCUUAGUCUUCAGUUCUCUGUGUUGUUUCUUGUGUACUAUUAAUUUUAUGUUUAUCUUUUUCUUUUUUAGUUAAGGCAUUCUCAGUUUAUUGUCGAUCUAUGAGUUUGAAUGUUCCGAUGACAUAUUUCGCUCCUCUUUAUUAAUUGAUAACUAAAUAAAGUAGAAUCAUCAAUACGAAUGUCAAAUCGCAACAAUAUUCAAAAUUUAAAUUUCUUUAAAAAAAAAUAUAAAUACAAUGUACAUGAUUUGAUGUCAUUGGUGACCUUCGGUUGUUAAUUUUUUUGUCUGCUCUUCGGUAGGGUUGUUGUCUCUUUGACACAUUCUCCAUUUCCAUUCUCAAUUUUAUUUUUUAUAUAUAUUUUUUUUAAUAUUUUUUGGUUGUAUUGUGUGCUCAAUUUGUUUUGAUUUCAUUUUUAUGUAAGUGUCAUGAUGAUGUUGUUACUAAUUGUAAUGUGUAUAUGUUACUUACUUUUGACCUUACGGUAUGAGUAUAAUUUGUAGUUGAUUGAGAAUUGAUUCCAUUAUUAUCCACUUGAACGUUUUAAUAACGUUAUAUUGUUACGGGAAUAAUAAGUUUCUCAGUGAUCAAAAUUAGGUUUCUCAAAUAAUUGUUAUCCUAAAAAGUGUGUGUUUAUAGUUUUUCAGACAAAUUGUCAAAGUAAAUAUUUUGUCAAAAUUUGAUAAAAAAAAAAAAAAAAAAUAACAAAGGAGCUAAUUUAAUUCUAGUCAAGGUGUUGAGCUUCUGUUGUCUUGUUUUGUUCUGUAUUUAUUGUAUACGAUGAAAAGUCUGACUCAACGUGAAGUAUAAAUUGAAUAAAUCAAUACCCCAUUGCCAUUAAAGUAUAUGUACUUCCUUCAUAAAAAAAAAUUAUGAAUAUAAACAUGAAUGAUUAUUCAAAACAAAGAAAGAAAUUUAGAUGACCUGAGUUAUUGUAUUAUAUGUGAACUGUUAAUUCAAUUAUUAAAGUGGGCAGAGAAUAAAGUAGAAGACGUAAAGGGAGAAUCAAGUGAAUUUAAAUGACAAAAUUAUUUUAAAGUUCUACUGAUUAAUUUGAAAUAAGAAAAUUGAAUUUAUUGAUUACACUUCUGCAUAAAUAGUAAUUUAUAAACAAAGGAUAUGGGGUAUCCAUGAUGCAUCUAUGACAAGAAAUUAGUACAUGUAAAAUAAAAUGAACACACAGAUUUAAGUAUUACUUACAAUAAAGCUUUUGAUAUAAUUUGA